AACAAUAUUAGAUAAAGAAACAUUUAUGCAAUUAAGAGAAAUCAUUUUGUAUAACAAAAAAUAGACAAGUGGAAAUUUUUCUAACAGGAUAUAAGCGGCCAAAUAUCAAAACGACAUUUAAAUAUGGAAUAGCGUUUAAAAUUUUAAAACGCGGUUGUAUUUCAAACUUCGAAUUCUUUUAAAAUUCAACAUCAGUCUGAUUGUAAUCGGUGCUUACGUAGCGAAGUGUCCAUGUUUAUUUCAGAGAUGUUUUUACUAAUGUAGAAAAUGAAAAUUACAAUAAUAAAAUUGUUAAACAACAGACAAUCCAGAAAUUAAAACUAACCGGUUGGCAGAAGUUGAUUAAAAUUGCUCAAUUCUUAGACUUUUACAGUAUGAAAUCACUCAAUCAGUAUUUAUCAAGAUUUAUACGUAAUAAUUACGAUUACAAACUUAAAUUAUCUUUAACUUACACGAAAUUGUAUUGCCAGAUUGCUAAAGUAUAUAAAUGAUAAUUACGCAGACUAUAUCGCAGUGUAAAAAGAACCAAAGGGAUGGUAACACUAAGUGUUUGUGUCAUUUUCGCGGUAUUGUCUCUGGUUUCCGCAGAAGAAACACUUCAAGUGGAAACCAAGCAAGGGACUGUUGAAGGAAGCUUGUCCAACAAUGGAUUGUACUACGAAUUCCUUAGUAUCAGAUAUGCAGUUCCUGUUAAGUUUAGGGCUCCGGAAGAUCCUCCAACAUUCUCGGGAGUAUACAAAGCUGAUAAUCGAGAAGUUCUUUGUCCACAAUUCCCAGCCCCGGAUCCUUUAGCUUCACCCAGCGAUACAGAAGACUGUCUCGUACUAAACAUAUAUUUACCAUCACAAUUACAAAAUACAUCCCUUCCUGUUAUGGUAUUUCUCCACGGUGGUGGAUUCGGUGUCGGCUCUGGAUCUUCUAUCUUCUAUGGUCCUCAGUAUUUAAUCAGCCACGGUGUUAUCGUUGUUACUGUUAAUUACAGAUUAAAUGCAUAUGGAUUCCUUAAUUUGGGUAUAAAAGAAGCACCAGGGAAUGCUGGACUAAAGGAUAUUAGAGCGGCUUUAAGAUGGAUCAAAGAUAAUAUAUCCAACUUCUUCGGAGAUCCUAAUAAUGUGACUGUUUUUGGUGAAGGCAGUGGCGGUUUGGCGGCUAUUUAUCUAACUAUGUCUGAAUCUACUAAAGGUCUAUUCCAUCGUGUUAUAUCAGAAAGUGGAACACCUUUCGCGCCGCAGUCUUUCGAUGUUAACCCUUUGAAUACCGCUAUCAAAAUCGCGAAGACUUUAGGAGUUAACACAAAAGACCCGUAUGAUUUAUACGAACUGUACUCUGAGGCGGAAGUUUCUAGAGUUGAAGAAGCAAUAGGAAAACAAAUGAACGCCCAAUCAGUCUUCUUACCAACACUGGAGAAAGUAUUCGAUGAUGAAGAACCAUUUUUAUUAGACACUCCAUUUAGUAUACUUUCUACUGGCAAAGUAAUAAGCCCUGUUCCAAUGAUAAUUGGUCUAAAUACAGUUGAAGGGUUGACAAGUACACUGGAUUAUAAUACGAUAAGUAGUCAAAUGGACAGAAUAAAGAACGAAGAUUAUUCAGCAUUAGAUCAAAGAAGUUUAAAAGUACCCUCAGAAGACCGUAUAGAACUCCGAGAUACUUUGAAAGAUACUUACUUUGUCAACACCACUACUGAUGAGGCUGUUCUUGGCGGCAUUAUUAAUCUAAAUACCGAUUUUUCUUACGUAGGACCAAUGUCUUUGUUUACUAACUUAUACACUAAUAGUACAGGGUUGCCAGUAUACGCGUAUAUAUUCAAUUAUUUGGGUAACAGGAAUUUAGGCAGAAUUCUAACGAAUAGUAGUUUAGAAGCGACUUCUAAUAGGGACGAUUUGUUUUAUAUUUUUGAAUUAGAACGAUUGCCCUUACCAAUGGAUGAAGAGGAUGCCAGAAUGGUUACAUUUAUGACAAUGAUGUGGACAAAUUUCGCUAAAUAUGGAUCACCCACACCAGAAACGAACAACGGCGAGUGGGUACCUUAUUCCCACCACUUGGCUAUUGACUUAGAACCUCAGUAUGUGUCGGAACUCACGCCUGAGCGGGCGUAUUUCUGGCGGAGUAUUUAUUAUAAAUACGGUGCAGAAAUACCUACUGAUUAG